GUUGAAUUUGCAUGGGGAGGGUGGAGCUUUUGGGUUAAGAAUGGAGUGCAGUUGUCAAUCAAACAAUUAAAAAAAACUCUACAUUUCCAUCAUCUAGCCCUCCUGGCAGGAUUCGAAGUGGAAUCUUAGAAGAACCAAGAAGCGGAUCACACAGAGACUAUCACCCAGGCAGCUGAUCAGCAUGAGCAGUAAUCUGCAUCCACGUCCUGGAGAUAACACUGUUAAGGGUCCCCAUGCACUUUAUUUUGAAACUUUAUCAAGGCAAAAAGUUAACAUGGAGAAAAAUGAAAACCAAAGGAAACUCAGAGUGUGUGUUGCUACUUGCAACAGGGCCGAUUACUCCAAGUUGGCACCUAUUAUGUUUGGAAUCAAGGCGGAACCUGAAAAUUUUGAACUCAGUGUGGUGGUUAUUGGGUCUCAUCUCAUUGAUGAUUACGGAAAUACAUAUCGUAUGAUUGAGCAAGAUGAUUUUGAUAUCCAAGCAAGGCUUCACACUAUCGUAAGGGGUGAAGAUGAAGCUGCCAUGGUAGAGUCGGUUGGCUUAGCUCUGGUGAAGCUUCCAGAUGUUUUAAACAGAUUAAAACCAGACAUAAUUAUUGUUCAUGGAGAUCGAUUUGAUGCAUUGGCCUUGGCCACCACUGCUGCUUUGAUGAACAUAAGGAUUCUUCACAUAGAAGGUGGUGAAGUCAGUGGAACCAUCGAUGAUUCUAUCAGACAUUCGAUCACUAAACUGUCUCAUUACCAUGUAUGCUGUACCAGGAGUGCAGAACAGCAUCUCAUAUCCAUGUGUGAGGACCAUGACCGCAUCCUACUUGCAGGAUGCCCUUCUUAUGACAAGCUUCUCAAUGUGAAAAACAAGGACUACAAUGGUGUUAUCAAGACAUGGUUGGGUGAUGAUGUGAAGUCUGGAGAAUACAUUGUGUCUUUGCAACACCCAGUUACCACUGAUAUUAAACAUUCAGUCAAAAUGUUUGAGUUCACCCUUGAUGCUCUUCUGUCUUUUAACAAGAAAACUUUGAUCCUUUUUCCAAAUAUUGAUGCAGGUAGUAAAGAAAUGGUGAGAGUGAUGAGAAAGAAGGGCAUUGAGCAUCAUCCAAAUUUUAUACCUGUGAAGCAUAUUCCAUUUGAACAAUUCAUACAGUUAGUUGCCCAUGCAGGAUGCAUGAUUGGCAACAGCAGCUGUGGUGUCCGGGAAGCUGGGGCUUUUGGAACUCCGGUGAUUAAUUUGGGAACACGUCAGACUGGACGAGAGACAGGUGAAAAUGUUCUUCAUGUGCGGGAUGCAGAUACUGAGAAUAAAAUAAUUCAUGCACUUCAGCUGCAAUUUGGAAAACGCUAUCCUUGCUCAAAGAUCUAUGGAGAUGGCAAUGCUGUUCCAAGGAUUGUGAAGUUCUUGAAAUCAAUUAAUUUGGUGGAACCACUGCAAAAGAAGUUCUGCUUUCCCCCUGUAAAAGAUAACAUCUCUCAGGACAUUGAUCACAUCUUGGAAACUCUGAGUGCAUUAGCUGUAGACCUUGGAGGCACGAAUCUUAGGAUUGGCAUUGUCAGCAUGAAGGGUGAAAUAGUUAAGAAAUAUCAACAACCCAAUCCAAAAACCUACGAAGAUAGGAUUGAGUUAAUCCUAAAGAUGUGUGUGGAAGCUGCAUCGGAAGCUGUAAAACUGAAUUGCAGGAUUCUUGGUGUAGGAAUAUCUACAGGUGGACGUGUAAACCCUCAUGAGGGAGUAGUGCUGCAUUCCACAAAACUAAUUCAAGAGUGGAGCUCUGUUGAUCUUAGAACGCCCCUGUCAGACACAUUACAUCUGCCAGUGUGGGUGGAUAAUGAUGGAAACUGUGCUGCGUUGGCAGAGCGGAAGUUUGGUCAAGGCAAAGGAGUGGGAGAUUUUGUCACAGUUAUUACUGGCACAGGAAUCGGAGGAGGAGUUAUCCAUCAUCAUGAACUUGUCCACGGCAGCUCAUAUUGUGCUGGUGAACUUGGGCACAUUAUGGUGUCUUUUGAUGGACCAGAGUGCAUGUGUGGCAGCCAUGGAUGCAUUGAGGCAUAUGCCUCUGGAAUAGCCCUGCAGAGAGAAGCAAAAAACCUGCAUGAUGAGGACCUGCUGUUGGUGGAGGGCAUGUCCUUGAAAAAUGACGAACCUGUUACCGCAGUCCACCUUAUACAAGCAGCAAAAUUUGGCAAUACCAAAGCCAGCAGUAUUCUCAAAACCGCUGGAACGGCUCUUGGCAUGGGCAUUGUCAACAUCCUGCACACUAUAAACCCAUCCUUAGUGAUCCUUUCUGGUGUCCUUGCAAACCAGUAUGUCAGUACGGUGAAAGACGUUAUAAGACAGCGCGGCUUGGCUUCUGUCCAGGAUGUGGACGUUGUGGUUUCAAACUUGUCAGAUCCUGCUCUUCUGGGUGCAGCAAGCAUGGUGCUCGAUUACACUACGCGGAGAACAUACUAAGGACAUUCAAGAGUUUCUUUUUGACAGAAACCACCUUAUAAUAUUGUACCACCACCACUUGGCCAAACUCCUUAUUCAUUUUAUUUAUUUUAUACUUAAUUCAGGACACAAGCUGGUCUGAUUUUCCUGGAUUAUUGUUUACCGAACAGCUGAAUUUUAAUACUGUUAAUCCUUUGAAUGCAAUGGCGCUCAAAGAGUUGAUUUAAUUUGCGGAACAACACAGAUUGUUGAGACAU